CGUUGUUGCGGCUAGCGGAACACCGGCUAUAUCGUCUCUGCGGUAGUGACGCCGCGUUGCACGUUGCUAGUUAGUUGCAAUGUUGUAGCUAUUAGCACGAUAGCCAUUCCUUCGCUGGGAGGAAGACCCGCCGUUUAGUUUUACAGACCCACUAUUCACUUCAGCUUCCGUCCAACCAGCAGCCAGCCGCUGGCCAACGGAAACUGCCGGCGAAACACCAGCUAGCUCGUUGUCUGCUCUUUCUUGUAGCCUGCUAGCUUAUACAGCCAGCUAGCGUUCGCUAGCCGCCAGCGUUCUACCGUCUCCUGCCGGCUGGACGACCAUGGCGAUGAGACAGACCCCGCUCACCUGCUCCGGUCACACCCGGCCUGUGGUGGACCUGGCCUUUAGUGGAAUCACUCCCUACGGCUACUUCCUGAUCAGCGCCUGCAAGGAUGGCAAGCCCAUGUUGCGCCAGGGAGACACAGGGGACUGGAUAGGAACGUUUCUGGGUCACAAAGGCGCUGUCUGGGGAGCCACUCUGAACACAGACGCCACCAAGGCAGCCACCGCCGCAGCUGACUUUACAGCAAAGGUGUGGGACGCAGUGAGUGGGGACGAGGUCCUCACACUGGCACACAAACACAUCGUCAAGACUGUCACCUUCACUCAGGACAGCAACUGUUUGCUGACUGGAGGAAAUGACAAGCUGCUGCGCAUCUAUGAUCUUAGCAACCCUGAAGCAGCACCUCAGGAGAUUGCAGGUCACUCCUCAGCCAUAAAGAAAGCCUUGUGGUGUAACAACGACAAGCAGAUCCUCUCUGCUUCCGAGGACAAAACCAUACGACUGUGGGACAGAAGCUCCAUGGAGGAGGUGAAAACGCUGACAUUCGACACUUCUGUGAGCAGCAUGGAGUAUGUGGCUGAUGGAGAGAUUCUUGUGAUCACUUAUGGAAAGACCAUCGCUUUCUACAAUGCUCUGAGGUAUACUGCACGCUCACUAUGCACUACUAACUAACCACACUCACAUGGA